GUAUAUGCGUGCGGCGUGUGCGGUGUGGUUCGUGUGUGUGUCUACACGUACGUGUGCGCACGGCUUCUCCCCCCCCGCCCCGUGGGGCUGCAGGACGCCGCCGCCUCACGCCGACCACCAGGGGGCAGAGCGUCCCCACAAGUGGCUGGUGUCGCGGGGCGUCCCGCCGCGUUCCUGGGGAGCUGGGCCGGACAUGAGGGCGGAGAACCCCGGAGCCCAACAGGGCCCUGAAGGCGGCCAGCCUGGGGUGGCCCUCGGGUCCCUCGUCUCCGCACCACCCCCCGUGGUGGCCCCCAGUGCCAGCGCCGCCGUCAGCCGGCAUCCCCCAGAUUCCGUCCGCGUGGCGGAGGCGGCCCAGUCCCACGGCGUCCCCGGCGCGGACUGCGAGCGCGCGGGGGACGGGGCUGGGGGGGCCCCGGCGGGCGGCCAGGGGGUGGGGCCCACGGCAGGGCCGCCUCCCCUCUUUCCCGGAGCCUGGGCGGAGAGGGAGGAAAAGUUUCUGGCCUGGGCUCCGUGCAGUUCCGUCCGCCAGCCCUGCGGGCCCGCCCACCCGCGCCUCCCCCGGCUCCCCAGUGUCCGCCAUGGCCAAAGCCUACGACCACCUCUUCAAGUUGCUGCUCAUCGGGGACUCGGGGGUGGGCAAGACUUGUCUCAUCAUUCGCUUUGCAGAGGACAGCUUCAACAACACCUACAUCUCCACCAUCGGAAUCGACUUCAAGAUCCGCACUGUGGAUGGAGGGAAGAAGAUCAAACUGCAGGUCUGGGACACGGCUGGCCAGGAGCGAUUCAAGACGAUAACGACUGCCUAUUACCGUGGGGCCAUGGGCAUUAUCCUAGUAUAUGACAUCACAGAUGAGAAAUCCUUCGAGAAUAUUCAGAACUGGAUGAAAAGCAUCAAAGAGAACGCCUCAGCUGGGGUGGAGCGCCUGCUGCUGGGCAACAAGUGCGACAUGGAGGCCAAGAGGAAGGUGCAGAAGGAGCGCGCUGUUAAGCUGGCUCGCGAGCAUGGGAUCCGAUUCUUCGAGACCAGUGCCAAGUCCAGCACAAAUGUGGAUGAGGCUUUCAGUUCCCUGGCCCGGGACAUCUUGCUCAAGUCAGGAGGCCGGAGACCGGGAAACAGCCAAAAGCCCCCCGGCACUGACCUGAGAGCUUGUGACAAGAAGAACACCAGCAAGUGCUCCCUUGGCUGAGGACCCUAGGCCCGGAGGCUGGACCUGAGGGAGGCAGGGCUGUGGGUGGGCAGGGGAGGAACAGCACAUGGGACUUGGAGGGGCUGGAGGUAGGUAGAUGGUGGAAGAGUAGGAGCAAAUGGAGAAGAACAUGGGAAGGCAAGAGACGAAAAGGAGGUGGAAUAGAGAGGGAAGGAGAAGCAAGGAGGAGAGAGGUGAGGGAGUAACAGGAGGAGAGGGGGCAGGAAGACACGGGAGGAGGAAAGAACCGGCCCUAGGUGUCAGACCUUCCCUGGGCUUCUAGGGCAGACAUAAAUGUAAAUAAACAGUUGAUUUGUUGUUACUGGA